GUUGACUUUUUAUAUUAUUUUAUAGUUAAGUAAAUUAAAAAUUAAUUGUCUCGAAUGUUAUUGCAUGAGUUGUAGGGUGUAACUCGGCACUUUUUAGUAAAAUUAUUUAUCCAACGCGAUUAUUACACUUUUUAUCGGCUCAACAAAUAAUUCUAACCUCCCUUCCUCGUUUUUCGCAACGUGUUCCCGUGCGGCCAGGUUGAAUAAUUAAACUGCCAAUAUGCCACAGAACGAGUAUAUCGAACGUCACAGGAAACUUUAUGGAAGGAGAUUGGAUUAUGAAGAACGUAAAAGGAAAAGGGAAGCACGUGCUCCACAUAAGGAUGCUGAGAAAGCUAGGAGUCUUCGUGGUAUCAAAGCCAAAUUAUUCAAUAAACAACGCAGAAAUGAGAAGAUACAGAUGAAGAAAAAGAUAAAAGCGCAUGAAGAGCGCAAUAUCAAAAAGAAAGAUGCACCUGCUCCUGAAGGAGCGUUGCCUCACUACUUGCUUGAUCGUGAUGUCACCUCACGUGCCAAAGUCUUAUCAAACAUGAUAAAACAGAAGAGGAAAGAAAAGGCUGGCAAAUGGGAUGUACCUAUUCCAAAAGUAAGAGCACAAGCUGACUCUGAAGUAUUCAGAGUUCUCAAAUCUGGGAAGACAAAGAGGAAGUCCUGGAAGCGCAUGGUAACUAAAGUCACAUUCGUUGGAGAGAACUUCACAAGAAAGCCACCAAAGUUUGAAAGAUUCAUUCGUCCCAUGGCAUUGAGAUUUAAUAAAGCUCAUGUCACCCAUCCAGAACUCAAAGCCACAUUCUGCUUACCAAUAAUUGGAGUCAAACGAAAUCCCAGUUCUCCUAUGUAUACUUCAUUAGGGGUAAUAACAAAAGGAACUGUCAUUGAAGUAAAUAUUUCUGAGUUAGGAUUGGUCACACAAUCUGGAAAAAUUGUGUGGGGUAAAUAUGCUCAAGUGACCAAUAAUCCAGAAAAUGAUGGUUGUAUAAAUGCUGUACUCUUGGUUUAGUGUAAAAUUAUUAUAUUAAAAUUGUAAUAUGAUUAUUAAUAAAAUUGUAGUAAUUUUUAAUAAA